AUGGGAAAACCUCAGAGCAAAGAGGAAGUUAUAAUUGCCCAAAAUGGUGCUGCAAAUCAAGCGAGCACCAGCAUGCUGCAUGAGAAGACGCAUGACAAGCUGGACACAUUACUAGCCGUCGUGUCAGUUGCCAUCUUCAUUGUGCUUUGCUACCUAACUUGGAAAUUCUGUAAUAACCGAUUUACCAAGUUCCUGAGACAAGAGAUGUCUGCUUUACGUGCGAGUCGUCGAUCGCGCGAUCCCCAGCACGCAGUACCUGCGUACUCCGUGGCC